UAUUUAUACCACAUUCAACUCCUUUGAUUCAUCAUCAAUCGCUUCACUUUUGAUUACAAACAAACAAAUCAUCACAACCCCCACUUAGAUUACUGAAACAUGAGUUCAACAAGCAGAGCUUGGAUGGUGGCCGGAACUGUUGGUUUAGUGGAGGCUCUCAAAGACCAAGGGUUUGCACGGUGGAACUACACCAUCAGAGCCAUCCACCACCACGCCAAAGCCAAUCUCCGAUCACUCUCCCAAACCAAAAAGCUUUCUUCUCCGGCAGCCUUGGCUUCAAGCAGAGGCAUUGAACAAUCAGAGGAGUCAUUGAGAAAAGUAAUGUAUUUGAGCUGUUGGGGUCCCAACUGAUCAAACCCCUUUUUGUUGUUUAAUUAUAGAUUUAGAGAAACAUGAUUAUAUAUGUAUAUGUAAGUAUGCAUCAUGUACAAGUCCACCCUUCAUAAUCGAAGAGAAUUCCGAUUGAGAUUAAAAAAAAAUUAUUUUAUCAUA